AUGCGCAAGGCAGAGCUUCACACAGAGUUGGCGCUAUGGGACGAGGACGGCACUCUCAUGACGUGCGAGAUGCUGCGGGCCCGGCUGCGUCAGAUCUACAAGGCGAUGCCAGUCGGGGGUGCGCCCGCGCGCCACAAGAAGAAGGCAGAGCUUGUCGAGGAUGCGAUUGCCACGGGCUGCGUCCUGACGGGCAAGGAGACCCGUGGAGACCUUCAGAUCUUGAUCACCGAGAAGCACGAGCAGUCCCUGGUGAUGGUCAAGUGCUCCGACCCGAUGCCGUUCGGCCGCCACCGGACUUUAAGCAUUCAGGACAUGAUGAACAAGCUCGAGCUGCCACAGCCCAGGGUGAAGGGGGAGAAGCUCGAGAAGACGGAGGGCCCGUGGCUGCUGGUCAAGGAUCAGCCGCGUCAGCGUUCGACGGUGAAGCGCUCCAUGGCGGAGGAGACUGCCGCGGUGGAUCUUGGGAAGUCCAAGGAGGAGCAGAUCAUCGACCUACUUGGGGACAUGAAGAUGGCCAUGAACGCGCUCACGACCAGGGUGCAGAAGCGGCCCGCCUGGGCCGGCCGCGCAGGGCCACUGAGGAAUCUCACGGACUCUCAGGCUACCUGGCUGGCGGGGUGCUUGGACGAGAGUGCAACGCCAGCGUGGACGUUCCUGACCGGGGCUGCGAGAGUGAAGCUAAUGGAGGUCUGCUGCUCACCAGCGUCGGGGCUAUCUCAAUUCGUGACGCAGGAGUCGGGAGCGGACAGUGCAGGUCGAAUUAGUGGCUGGAAUGGUUUUGAUUUAUCCACCACUGCUGGCCUGCAGAAGGCCAGAGCUGAGCGAGAGCGAGUGCGCCCCGAGCACAUGUGGUUCUCUUUACCUUGUGGGCCAUGGUCAGGCAAUAACAAUUUCAAUCGUCACAAGCCAGAGGUCUGGGAGCAGAUUCUUUCCAAUCGGAAGAAGUCCAAACGCCUCAUCAGGAACUGCUUGAUUCUCGUCAUGGAACAGGUAGCAGACAGGGGUCACGUACACUGGGAGCGGCCGAAGGAUCUGCAACCGUAUCGGUGGCCGGAGUUGAAGCAGGUAUUCAAGGAAUGCGACAUGCGUCCACCCUGGGAGAUCUGGACCACCUCCGACUGCCUGUGCCAGAGGAUGGCUAUCAGGUGCGAUGGACGUCAUGAGCACAGUCCUUGCGUCGGCGGCGCAAGGACGGCGGCCACGGCGUACUACCCAGACGGUUUCGUCAGGAGGGCGGCCAAGGCCAUGCUGGACGAGCCGAAGAUGGAGGAUAUCUGCAACCUCGCGCACGAGCUCGGGACCGCGGACGAGGAGGCUGACACAGUCUACGCAGUGAGUGCCUCCAAGACAGGGCUCGACUCCGAUGAGCUUCGGAAGGUGGAGAUAGCGGCCCGACGGAUCCACGCCGUUUGCGGACACUGCCCGUUCGUCCAGGUCGCCAGGUCAUUGGCAGCUCGAGGGGCUGAUAAGAGGGUCGUGGACCACGUGAGGGAGAUGCGGUGCCCGGCCUGUGACGAGAGCCAGAAGCACGGACCACCGCGUCCAGUCGGCGCGGUGGAUGAAGUGCCGAAGAAGUGGGCAAUUUUGCAGAGCGACCUGGCUGAGUGGGGGGAUCCGGGCAGCCACGAGAAGUAUAAGUUAGCACUGUACCUUGACCAGGGUUCGAAGCUUGGGGUCGGACACGUUCUGUUCAGAUUGGUCAAGAGCAAGAAUGCGACCGUGGAGGAAUUGAAGGACUCGCUCUGGGGCAGGUGGAUCGCCUAUUUCGGACGUCCGAGGACAUUUCAGGUCGAUCCAGAGGGCGCUUGGAUGAGCAAUAUCAUCCGGGAAAGCCUGGAGCCCAGCGGCAUCCAGAUGGACCCCAUCCCCGGGCAGGCGCACUGGCAGCUUGGCGGCAUCGAGCGGCUCAUCAGCCUCAUCAAGGAUAUGAUGACGGUCCUGGCGCGUGAGCGCCCGGGAAGGUCUUGCGAAGAAUACCUGGCGCGGGCGAUGGCAGCAUAUAACGAGUUCGACCGGCACCGUGGCUUCUCACCGCUACAGGUGGCACUUGGACGAGCACCAGACCGCGACGGGUUCUUCAUGGACGCGCCGGGCGACCCAGUCAACUUUACUGCGCUGGAGUCGGAGGCGGUGGACGCAGCUUUCGGAGAGAACUUCAAGUUCAUGCGGCAGGCCCAGGAGGCGAUGCUCAGGUGGGUCUACGCUGAACGUGCUAGUCACGCUAGGUCGCGGAAGCUGAAGGUAUACACUGCGGGUACAGUGGUGUAUUAUUUCAGGAACCCGAAGAGCUGCUCCAUGACGGGCAGGUUCUAUGGUCCCGCCCGAGUUCUGGCCACCGAGACGGUUCACAGGGACGGGAAAGUUCAACCUCGACCGCGCGUGUGGCUGAAUGCGUGUGGCCGCCUCAUUCGUUGUGAUCCAUGUCAGCUCCGUGACGCAUCUGAUCGAGAGGUGGCGGAACACGAGAUCAUUCAUGGCACCGAGAUGCCGUGGAUUUUCAACAGCAUGAGCCAGGGACUCAGAGCGGGUCAGUAUGAGGACCUCGCCGACGAUCCGCGCCUGAUCCCGAGUGACACAGAGUUUGUGGAUGCAGGAGAUGUUCCACCACUGCCGACGAUGUCGCCAGCGCCAGAUGAGCCUAGGAGACGGCAAGCGGUUACCGACGGAGCCUCACAUCUCAUCCAAGCAGCCGCGAGUUGGGUCAUCGGCAGCGAGUUCAUCAGUUUCGGCCCCUCGGAGCGCGGCGAGCGACCGAAUAAACAGAAGCGACACGACCAGACUGAGGAGCAGGACCUGACCGCGGAGGUCCAGCCGUUCGAGUGUUUCUGGAACAGGGAGGGCCGAGCGAUAGAGGUGGAAAUCGGUUUUCCCGAAGGUGCCCGAGGUGGUGUUGCCGCUCGUGACCUGCAGGUGUUCGCGGCUACUCAACUGCGACGCCAGCGUGCGGAGGUUCGAGAACGGACACUGUCGGUCGUUGACCUGGAGAAGUUCCGGAAGGCAAAGACGAAGGAGGCGCAAGAGUGGAUCAAAGAGAUGGUCUUGGAAGGUCUGCCGAGCCAUGUCACGGCCCCCAGCGACCGACUGAUGCGCCUCAGGUGGGCUUUGACGUGGAAGAUUGAUCCCGUAGAACCAGGGGGUCGACGUGCGAAGGCGCGGCUGGUGAUUCUCGGCUUCCAGGACCCUGACCUCACCACGGAGGAGUCGCACGCGCCGACAGCGACUCGCACUGCCCGACAGGUGUUCUUGCAGAAGGCGGCGAACCUGACGAUGCGGGUGGCCAAGGGUGACGUGAAGUCCGCCUUCCUUCAGGGUGAGGAGCUCGACCAGGACCUGCUCGUCAAGCCCACCGGCGAGAUCGCGGAGAUGCUGGGACUUCGCUCAGGCCAGGCUGCUAUCCUGAAGAAGUCGGCGUGCGGUCUGGCGCAGGCACCUCGAGCAUGGCACCAGGCGGUGAACCGCAAGCUGAAGGAGCUGGGCUGGCGGCAGCUCGAGUCCGACCCAUGUGUGUGGAUCCUGACGGGUCCUCAGACAGCCGGGGGAUCUGACUACAUCGUGGCCAUUGUUUUGUCUCAUGUGGAUGAUUUCCUGUUCGCCGGCCGUGGAGCGGACGAGAUCUGGCAGCAGGCGCGACGUCAGGUGAUGGAGGCGUUCCGGUGGACCGAGUGGGAGUACGACACUUUCACGCAGUGCGGCGUCGACAUCACCCAGAGGUCCGACUUCGGUUUCACGCUGAGCCAGGCGACCUACACGGAGCAGAGCGAGGAGAUAGAAGUACCAAUUGAACGACGAAGGCAAUUCUCAGCGCAGAUGACGAACGCCGAGAAGAGCCAAUUCAGGGCCGCCACAGGGAGCCUGCAAUGGAAGGGCACCCAGACCGGGCCCGACAUCCUGGCGGAGUUGAGCCUGCUACAGAGCAAGACGGAGUCGUGCACCGUGGACGAUCUUCUGAAUGUCAACAAGCUGAUCAAGCGGGCCAAGGAGACAAAGAACAGGGUGCUGGAGAUAUUUCCAUUUGUGGACAGCGAGCUGGCAGUUGUCGGCUGGGGCGACGCGGCGUUCAGCAACCGCGUGGAUGGCAAGUCGACUGAGGGCCGCAUAGUCGGAAUCGUGCCGUUGUGCUUCUUGUCCGGCGAGGAGACAGGAGUUUCCCAGAUCAGUUGGAGGUCAGGCAAAGUCGAGCGCACGUGUCGGUCCCCGCCAGCAGCCGAGGUAUCAGCCACAAACCUGUAUGAUCGUCUACGCUGUCCAGAGAUGUUCAUGGGAGGCAAGGAGUUCCAGACUGGACUUGAGUUGUUUGCUCUGAGGGACGGGAUACUAGCUUGUGAGUGUCCUGUACGCUGGGUACACAGCGAUGCAAUGAUAGCUAACAGUCUCACGAAGGGCCAUGAACGAUGGCAACUAGAGUUGUUUUUCAGUAACAAGUGUAGGUGGCGUCUUGUUCACGAUCAAACAGUUGAGUCUGCUAAGAAGCGCAAGGGCCUAGGCGUCCAGGCGCCAGAGAAUGUGACUUGUCUUGAUUUCAGGCCCGACCUCUGGGGUGAUGUGGCAGAUCCCCUCAGCAGUGCGUGCGUGAUUGAGAAGGUGCCAGAGGUGCACCUCGUGGAGACCAUCAUCGAGAACGACCGCUGGCCGAGCGUGGAAAAGGAGCGCGCCCUGUGA